AGCGCUAGUCGUUUUCAGCCUUGGGAUUUUUUUGACUUCAGUCGCAACCAGCAAACACCGGCCCAUCACACAAGAGCUCUUGAGUCGUCCAGCACAACCAAUUGCUUUAUUCUCGCCAACCCCGUUUACCCUCGCUUCACCACCACCCCCCCUCCCCCCAAUACCACAAUCAAAAUGGCCGGCCUCGGCUCCGACGCCCAGCUCUUCGAGGACAACUUCCGCGUCCACAAGCUCUCCGACAAGAAAUACGACCGCGUCGACCGCAUCUACGCCACCUCGGAAGACAAGUCAAUCGAGAUCACCCUCGACAUCAACAACGAGCUCUUCCCCUGUAAGGAAGGCGACGAGCUGAACAUGCUCAUCGCCACCUCCCUCCACUACGACGGCACCAAAGACGACGAGCGCGGCUGGCGCGACGUCGCCAAGAUGGGUGCGAGCGAGGGCUCGCUUGCCGACCAGUACGACUAUGUCUGCUACGGCAAGAUUUACAAGUUUGAGGAUGGGGAGGACGGGCAGACUAUCAAGGCAUACAUCUCCUUCGGCGGGCUGCUGAUGUCUCUUGUCGGGCCUUACAAGAAGCUCACCCCGUUGAGGGUGGAAUACGUCUACCUCUUAGUUCGCAGACGAUGA